AUGGAUAAAAAAUUAAGUAGUGUUCGGAAAGCUGUAUAUAAACGGGAUGAAAAAAAAGUUAAAUCUUUUUUAUCAGUUUUCCAAGUUAGAAAAGGUUUAACUACAGCACAGAGUUAUUUUCCGUCGCAGAAUAUCGAUGAAAGGGAAAAUAUACUCAUGGAUAUUGACAACUCAAUCAAUGUUGAUGAAAAUGCUGUUGAAAAUGAAGUUGCUCCCGGUGGCAGUGAUAUAGACAGCUACGUUGUCGUAGACGGUAACUACGUUGAGGAUGACGUUGAAAAUGAUAAUUUUAAUGAAAAUGAAGAUGAUAACGACAAUUAUUAUGAUGUUUAUGAUGAUGAUGAUGAUGAUGAUGAUGAUGAUGAAGAUGAUGAUGAUGAUGAUGAAGAUGAUGAUGAUGAUGAAGAUGAAGAUGAUGACGAUAAUUAUUAUGAUGUUUAUGAUGAUGAUGAUGAUGAUGAUGAUGAUGAAGAUGAUGAUGAAGAUGGCGGUGGAGGCGCUGACGGAGGCAAUAGUGACGUUCCAUUAAUAGCUAAGCGUAAUAUUACUGUUAAAGAUCACAUACUCUCAACAAUCUCUAUGACAGUACGACAUCAUCUAACAUACGAGGCUAUUAUCGACAAUUUAAAAUGGUUAAAAUCUCUAUAUCACCACAAUUCCAUACCCACGACUGAAGACCAACUCUGGAAAUGUCUCGCUCGCAAUGAUGGUUUAUUAAAGUACCAUUAUUAUUGUAAACAAUGCUUUGAUUAUUUUGGUUUGAAACAAGCAGGGCAGUUAGAAAAACAAUGCAACUGUACAGCUUGUGGUCCUGAUGAUGAAGUCGAAGCAAAUUUGACUUAUUUUAUAUACAUAAAUCUGACUGAACAAAUAAAGGAAUUACUAUCCUUGCCAAACAUUUCUGAAGCACUAAAAUAUAGGUUUCGACGAUCGAAAAAAAAUGAUCAAGGUAUUGAAGAUAUUUAUGACGGAGAGAUGUAUAAAAAUCUAAGUAGACCUGGAAAUUUCUUGGAGCAUUGGUAUAACUUGUCAUUUACAAUAAACACUGACAGAUGUAAGGUUUCAAAUUCUUCAAAUUCCAGUGCUUGGUCACUCUAUGUCGAGAUUAAUGAGUUACCACCUCAAAUUCGAAAACAACAUGUGCUUUUGGCAGCAAUUUUCGUUGAUGAGGAACACCCGAUAAUGAAUAAUUUUCUCAGACCAUUUACCAGCGAAAUGAGAACACUUUUUACAACAGGUAUAGAAUGGAAUCCUCCUAAUGAAGCAAAAGUCACAUCGCGGUUUAUUGUAACUACAUGCAGCUUAGAUACUCCAGCUCGAGCAGCUGUAGCAUGUAUGAAACAAUUUAACGGAAAGUUCGGAUGUUUAUAUUGCUAUGCCAAGGGAAAAAGCCUAGGCCAGCGUAAAUUUGUAUAUCCUUUAUCUCAAUGUUACAAGCGGGAACGAACAGACCCCGAGUUUCGUGUAGAUAUGGCUAAAGCUUUCGAUAAUAGAAAAAUAGUACAUGGCGUAAAAAAUAUUUCUGCAUUAGUGGCGUUGCCGCUUUUUGAUAUUAAUAAGGGUGUUGUUGAAGCUAUGCACGCUGUAUACCAAGGUGUAGUUAGGCAGCAUACAAAAAUACUGUUAACGCAUACCGGAACUCAAUUUUAUAUUGGAAGUCCACAACAAAAAGCAAAUAUAGAUAAAUAUUUACUGAAGAUAAAACCUCCGUCUUGUCGUUCUCGAAAACCGCGAUCUAUUUCAACGUAUCAACAGUGGAAAGCUUCAGAAUGGCGAAACUGGCUUGAUUACGGACCUGUAUGUUUAGAAGAAGUAUUACCAAGAAAAUAUGUCAACCACCUAGCGAUGUUAUCAGAGGCAAUUCACUAUUUAAAUAGUGACUGUAUAACAUUAGAAAAUUUAAAUCGUUGCGAAACAUUGUUAAAGGAAUAUGUAAGACUUUUUCAAAAAUAUUUUGGUCUCAGAAAUAUGAGUUCAAAUAUUCACCUUUUGACACAUUUAGUAGCAGUUGUAAGAAAUUGGGGUCCAAUAUGGCUCCACGAAGCAUUUAUUUUCAAGUCCUGGAACCGUAGAAUAAUGGUUAACAUCAGUAGCCCUCAUGCCCGGACUAAUCAAAUAGCAACACGAUUUUUGCUUCAUAGAUUUCUUACAACUUCUUUGUAUGAUUCAACUGUAUCUGAAUGUACUAAAAAAUUUGUCGCAAAACAAUUAAAAACAUCAAUUAUGAACAAUAACAUCGAAACGAAAAAUUGUGUAAUAGGUUUGGGAAAAUCUUCAUCACGUGCACCAUUGGAAAACGAGCGUGUAGUAUUAAUGAGUGAGGGUUAUGAGCCUACAAACAUAAAAUGUUACAAAAGAAUGCGAUUAAAUGGUAUGAAGUACGAGUGUCAGAGCAAUAAAGAUAAUAAAUUUUGUAACGCAAUAGUUUUCGUAGGUAAUGAUAUAUUUGGCAUUAUAACUGAAAUAAUAAAAUUUGAUCACAACAAUGAAGAAAUCAGGGGUAUACUGAUUCAACGAAUGCAACAACGAAAUCUUGCCUUUAAUACUCAGUAUAUAAAUCGAGUGACAGUGUGUAAUGAUUUACUAUUUAUCAAAGAAUCUGAAUUUAUAAGACCGGCAGUUAAAAUGUGUGGAUUAAAUAAAAUGUAUAUUGUUAAGCAACCAAACUGUUGGGAAACAGAUUAA